CGCAAAAAAUGCUUCAAACCUUUUUUGUUAUUGAUCAGUGAAGCCGUUAGAAGAGGCAAGGUGUACUUUAUAAAUAUAUAGGUUAGCCCGGUACCUCUUUGGGAUAGGUGAGGGUUUCUUUGAGUCGAAAAUAAAAGUGAGAUAUAUAAACAGGAGUGGCUAAUACUGAUAAGCACCAUGCCUGGAGCCACAGCGGCUGAACCUGGCGAGGGUGAACGGGCUAUAAGUACUAUUAUGGAUAAUCUAGAGAGAAUGAAAGAAACCGUGCAAGCCCAGAACACCGACUUACUAUUCCUCAGGAAUAUGAUGGAAAGCAAAGGCAUACAGAAUUUAGUUAAGGCCCAUGAUCGGUUGGAAGAUCUUGAGUUAACACCGGUCCAGACAAAGAGCACAGAGCUGCUGGGUGAAGUAAUGGAAAACAUUGAACCUUUAAUUGCUUCCAGUAACAAUGCUGCGGAAUUAGCUGGCAUUCUACAGGAUCUCAACUUCCUUUCGUUGAUGGAAUCACAUGAUUUAGUUGCAGCAAAAUCUUAUGAUCGUAAUUCAUAUCCAGCACUAGAAGGCCAGCCUCUCUCUUCCUACAAUCCCACGGGGCAAGCUAUUAGAAUGGUGGGGGUCCGGAAAACAGAUAGUGAACCUUUGGGUAUUACCUUAAAAAUAGAAGAUGGGGAUGUUGUUAUUUCUCGGAUUUUACAAGGAGGCAUGAUAGAUAAGCAAGGUUUGUUGAACGUUGGGGAUGUCAUAAAGGAAAUAAACGGGCGAGACGUUACAAAUGACCCCGAAGCUCUUCAGGAGGAGAUGAAGAACUCCGUUGGGGGUAUCAUGCUCAAGAUUGUUCCAAGCUAUCAGGAUGUCGUAGCACCUGCUCCUGGGUACAUGAAAGCGCACUUUAGUUUUGAUGCAAGUAAAGACAAAUUGAUCCCGUGCCGUGAAGCGGGCCUCUCUUUCAAGUGCGGUGAUAUUCUCCAGAUUGUUGAGAAAGAAGAUGCAAACUGGUGGCAAGCUGCAAUUGUCGGCUCUGAGCAUUCAGCAGGCUUAAUUCCAAGUCAAGAACUGCAGGAAAGAAGACAAGCAUUUGUACCAAAACCAAACAAUUCAAAAGGCAAUAAAAAAAAAAUUAAGGACAUUUUUAUGACAAAGAAAAAGAAAGCACAGAUAUACUCAACAAAGAAGAACUAUGAAUUUGAUCAAAAUGACAUCCCCAUCUACGAAGAAGUGGAGAGGAUGCCCCCAUUCCAGCGGAGGACAUUGGUGCUAAUCGGUGCACAAGGGGUGGGUAGGACAACGCUCAAGAACAGGCUUUUAAAUUCAGGCCAUGCCUUUGGUGCAGCUCUUGCUAUUUCAUCGAACCCGAUUUACCGCACAAGAGACAGUACCUCAAGGACACAACGAGAUACUGAGAUUGAUGGUGAGGAUUAUAUUUUCUGUGGAAGAUUAAAAAUGGAGGAAGACAUCCACAACAAUAAGUACUUAGAAUAUGGUGAUUAUGAGGGAAAUCUGUAUGGCACGUUGAUAGAUUCUGUUAAGAAGGUUAUUCAAGACAACAAAAUGUGUGUUUUAGAUGUUAAUCCACAGGCAUUAAAAGCUCUGAGGACAAGUGAAUUCCUCCCGUUUAUUGUCUUCGUCAAAUCUCCCGACUUUAAAACACUCAAAGAUAUGCACAGAGAAUCAGAGAAGGCUGGUCUGUCAUCCAAGCAAGUCACGGAUUCUGAUCUUCGGAAAACGGUCGAGGAGAGUUCACGGCUUGAGAGCAACUACAAACAUUUAUUUGACCUCAUUAUUGAAAACAACAACAUCGACGAAUCGUACAACAAACUUUUAAAUGCACUAGAAAACUUAACUAAAUACCAUCAAUGGGUUCCAGUAUCCUGGGUCUAUGAUCAGUACUAAAUAGAGGGCGCAAUUUAUGAUAUAGAUGGAGCUAUUUUAACAUGGGAAGGGAGGGGAAAUUAAAUCAGUACAUAAGCGCAAUUCAACUUCUUAGGUACCUUGGUCACUAUUUAUUGCUUCCUAUAGUAUUAUCACUUGGUGAAUUUGGUUUUUUUGCAAUAUGUAAAAACAGAUAUUAUGGAAAUGGUAAAAUUUACAGAUUUUAAUAUAUCAGUUGUAAUUUAUUAAUUAUAAUAAUUUAAAUUGUGGAAAAUUUUUUUUUCUAUUAGUUUUAAGAUUAUUGAGCCUACAGAAAAUAUCUUCUAAAUUGACUAGUAUUUUGAUGUGGUCAGUGGUGAAGUGGUAGUGACACUACUAGCUUCUUUAAUAGAAGAGACAAUCACAAAAAAUAUUAAACAUGGUAAAACAUACAAAAAAUGUUAAAUUUAUGUUCUUUAGAAAAUGUGUUUAAAUAGCUUGAGUUUGAAAAAAAAAUAUUUAAGGUUAAUAAUGCAUAUAACUCAUGGAAUUAUAUUACAGAAAUUUAAAUCUAAAUAUUGUGUUUAUGGUUGCUAUGAGUGAUCAACCUUCUACAGUCACUUGGCGAGUGAAUCUAAACCUUUGGUUUACGAUUUCUUUGUACUUAUAUAAUUGUGAUAAUUAUAAUAUUGAAUACAUACAUUUGACAUUCUUUGGAAUAGACUAAAACUUACUAUUUGAAAUUAUUAUUAUGUAUUAUUUUCUUUUAAAAAAAAUUGUCUACAUCUGUUUAUUAGCAUGGCAGUAUUGCUCUACAACCUGUAGAACAUUCAAACAAAAUCUGUUGGUUGUUCAAAUACAAAUUACUUUGGUAUCACAAGAUUUUGUAAUCUGAACACAUUUUACUCUGGCUUGUCACACACCAGCAGAUUAUCUUGAUCUUUGGUCUACACUUCGUCUUUUGUGUGUUUGAUAUUUUCUGCCUUCCAUGACAAAAUUUGGACCUAGUGUAUAAAACUGUUCAUCUAAAAAAUACAAAAUUAUUAAAAAUGGUACUCAUCAGAAUUUUUGCUAAACACAAAUGAGUGGUUGAUGUGUUUAAAUGCAAAAUUUAAAUUAAGGUUUGGCCAAUGAUUUGAUAUUGAGAGAAUGUACUAAAUUUUCUAAAGAGUGCAGCUAAAUUUUAAAGCUUAGUUGACUGACUUGCGACUCAGGUAGCUGAGUGGUCAUUCUGCCUUCCUUGCAGAUCAGGCAUCUAAGCUGAAACUGUGUGCCGUAGGCUUUAAAGCCUGCUAAAUACUAGCAGAUAAACUCACUUUUCCUGCCUUGGCUGCUUUUGUACAGCAUUUAGAAUUCUGAAUUCUGUAUUCUAAUCAAAAGGUACAUUGUUGUUAAUUAUGCUAAAUAUUCCUAAUAUUGUAAAUAGUUUUUGAGUAGUUUACUGGAAUUUUGUAAAAAUAACAAAAAAUUUGUAGCUGAAAUUUUCUCUUUAUGUCUACAUAGUGUACAUAGUCUAAUUGAAAAUUUACAUAGAUCUAUUUAAAUUUUUGCCAAUAUUCUCUUUGAUAAUUGUGCUUUGGCAGUAAAUUGGUGUGUUCAACACGAUACUUGUCUAUUUGUGAUUUUUUUUUUUGUAUAAGAGUACAUAUUAAAAAAAUUUUAAUUUCUU